AUGGAGGACGUUACGCUCCUCCCUCCAUCAGCCUCUGCGCCGGCCAUCGUCCUCUCCCCCGCCCCGACGAUCAACGAGCCGUACGCGCAGCUCAUCAUCUCCCAGGCGCGGCAACACACCUUCCACCCGAACGGCCACCUCUCCGUCGCCUACGGCUUCAAGUUCGCCCCCGCCAAGCCGGAACCGAGCUUCAUCGAGGCGACGUCCUUCGCCCUCGGUGUCGACAUCAGGCGCCUCUUCUCGGGCGUCUGGGCUGUGUUCAUCGCCUUCUUUGGUGUGUUCACAUCCUUCGCCUCUGUCCUCUCCGCUGAGAUUGGUGACUGGGACCUCGAGGUUCUCAACCGCAUCGGCGGAGUGGUUACCUCUGUCGCGAGCUGGGAUCUCGUCGAGCGCGACAGCAGGCGGUUACCUGUCCCCGUCGCUGCUGAGCCGGGCAGCAAGGGCACCAGCGCUCUCGCAAGGCGGAUAGCGGCGCUCCUCGCGCUGUGUACCAUUACGCUCGCGCUGGGCAGCCUGCAUCUCCUCGUCACGGAUCUGGCAGAGGGCAACGGCCCGGCGCUCGAGCACAUGCUUGAUCUGCACUAA